UUCGGGAAUGCUCUAGAAUUUUUUUUUACUUCGCCCUCUCUCUUCUCCAAAGUUCAUCUCCAGUCCAGGCCAGGCUUGCCUCUCCUUCCUCCCUCCUCGUCUCGCCGGCCCGCCGCGAGCUUCUGCUCUCCGACCACCGCGCUCCGGCCUCUCACUCUCUCUCUCUCUCUCCCUCUCUGUGCGCUCCGUCUCUCCACACUCUCGGUUCUCUCUCUCUCUCUCUCUCUCUCUCUCUGUGCGCUCCGUCUCUCCACACUCGGCCUCUCGCGGGACCGCCGCGCCGGCCACCACGAGCGGCGCCGCCGACCUCCGGGCUACCCGACCGACGCCUCCGACCGAGCUCAUUAGUCGCAAUUAGUCAUGACCACUUCAAGAGUAUAAGCUGUUGCUAUUGAGUGAUAAUUGGAAAGUAUGGCUAUGCAGAAUGGCAGUUCUCAAACACCUUGGGUACGGCAUCGUCGACAUUCCAAUGAGGAUGUUCAAGAAGCAAGUAAAGCAAAUGAAACCCAUUUGCUUGUUAACGAUCAAAAUAAGUACCGGUCAAUGUUGGUCCGGGCAUACUCAUCCGUUUGGAUGAUUGGGGGAUUUGCAUUAAUUAUUUACAUGGGUCACCUAUACAUCACUGCCAUGAUUGUCGUUAUACAAAUUUUUAUGGCAAGAGAACUCUUCAAUCUACUGAGAAGAGCCCAUGUAGAUAGAUGUCUUCCAGGAUUUAGGAUGUUGAAUUGGCACUUUUUCUUCACGGCUAUGUUAUUUGUAUAUGGACGCAUUCUCGGCCAACGACUUGUCAACACUGUGACAUCAGACAAGGUUUUAUAUAAGCUUGUCAGCAAACUUAUCAAGUAUCAGAUGAUCGCCUGUUAUUCCUUGUACACUGCAGGUUUUGUGUGGUUCAUCCUUACGUUAAAAAAGGGGAUGUACAAGUAUCAAUUUGGCCAGUACGCUUGGACACACAUGAUUCUCAUUGUGGUGUUUACUCAGUCAGCCUUUACUGUUGCCAACAUUUUCGAGGGAGUAUUCUGGUUUCUUCUUCCAGCAACACUCAUAGUGAUCAACGAUAUUGCCGCUUAUUUCUUUGGCUUCUUUUUUGGAAGAACCCCAUUGAUCAAAUUAUCUCCAAAGAAAACUUGGGAGGGAUUUAUAGGAGCAUCUUUUACUACUAUGAUCUCUGCGUUUGUGCUUGCAAAUAUUAUGGGCCGUUUCCAGUGGCUGACAUGUCCAAGGAAGGAUUUAUCAACCAGUUGGCUUCAGUGUGAUCCUGGUCCAUUAUUCAGGCCAGAGUAUUACACUGUACCCAAAUGGUUUCCUGAAUGGUUUCCUUGGAAAGAGAUGGCAAUAAUGCCAGUUCAAUGGCAUGCUCUCUGUCUUGGUCUUUUCGCAUCUAUUAUAGCACCUUUUGGAGGAUUCUUCGCAAGUGGUUUUAAACGUGCUUUUAAGAUCAAGGAUUUUGGGGACAGUAUUCCAGGACAUGGUGGUAUAACAGAUAGAAUGGAUUGUCAGAUGGUGAUGGCUGUGUUUGCAUAUAUCUACCAUCAAUCAUUUGUAGUGGGUCAGAACUUGAUGGUCGAAACAAUCUUGGAGCAGAUUCUAAUGAACCUUACUCUGGACGAGCAGCAAACCCUGUACAUGAAGCUUGGGCAAAUUCUUAAUGAGAGGAUGACCGCACAGUCAUAAGUUUGCAUUACAGCAGUAUGCAAAAGACCUCUUUGUCAUCUCAUGUAAUAUCUUGGCUUUGAGCAUACUACAGCUGCAGAAGCUCAGGAAUGAAAGGACACUGCAUAUGCUGUCGUUUCUGUCUAUUUUUUGCAGCAUUCGCGACUGCCAGGGAGGCUAUUUGUUGGAUGAAUUUUUGUAUAGUGUACACUAGCUUAUCAUGCUAGUAUAAUCUUUCCAAAGAAGUAAUAGCAUUUGAAGGAACAAAAUUGUAAGUGAAUUAGUAGAUUUGCAUGCUCGUGAAGUCUCGAUCAGCCAUAUUGGUCUCUGAAUUUGUCCGCAUUUUUGCUUUCUUUUAGUCUAUUCGUCCCCAUGUAAGGGGCAGGCACUAGAUGCCUGAGUUUAGGAAGAGUAAAGAUGCGAGUGUCUCAUCAGAUGAAUGUUCCUUAACCCAGUCUUUAAGCAGAUAAUUUAUUUUGAUUUUAUUC